AUGCCUGGACAGGACCAGAAUCAGAAGCAAGAUAAACACGAGCAGGCUACUAACUCGUCCAUCUCGAAUUCUGCACCAUUGUUCGACUUAUUUCCAGCCUCCACGAGUGCUCAAUAUCAAUCUCGGACAGCGAAAUCUGGCGUAGCGCAAAAUACAGCGUCCUCGUCUGAGCAGGAACAUGACCAAGCGCUAGAGGGCUACUCCGGUGUAAUAGAUCGAGUCGCCUCUCGCGCCUCGGACCUCGAUAGCUCUCGGAACACACCUUCGAACAAUGAGGGGCGUGCCACUACAAAGCCUACGGCCGGGACCCAUGAUGCGGCAAUAUCGUUACGGUAUUGCGAACAAGUAAAACGUACCACGAAAAUACAGUGGGGAUGGGAACAGGAGGAUCCUCAUGGAGGGGCAAAGGACCUUCUUAUACCUGCGCAGUUUCUGUACAAUAGCUACAGUUCCAAGUAUAUAAAGUCAGCGGAUUUGGUCCAUAACAUCUACUGCUUCACUUCUACUGCAAGACCCGUCCUAGCAACGGUGAUCCAUGUCCUGACUCUCUUUCUGGCUGCCACUGCAGUCGUUGCAAACAGAGAAUCCACUGAAUCAACGCGCAGAACACUCGACUGCCAAAGUCGUGUUGGCACUCUUGUUAGCGGGGACAGGGUGAGUACCGAGAACAUCAACAACAACUCUCAGCACAAGCAGACUAUCCACUUUCACGGCAACAGAUAUAUACCGAUCACUAAAACCUACAAAGAGAUGACACCUGACGAAUUUUUUGGUUGUGGAGACGCAUCGAAUUUGCAUGGAAACCAGGAUAUUCGAAUCUACAAGUAUAAGUACAACUACAACUACAGCUACAACUACAACGAUGGUGUCAAGGUGCAGGUUACUUGUCGACUGUCGGACGACACGAAAGGAAUCGUGGAUCAACUCGAUCAAUCGAGCAAGCGGACGGACAGUAGAAGACAGUGGACAAUAGUGGACAACAAUGGACAGGCUAUCGACAACGGAAUCCUCACCGUGAAGAAGAGCGCUCCUUCUAAUGUCCAUCUCAGCAGGAAUCAGCAUGACAGGAAUGAUAUUGAUCGCAAGCGCAGCACCGGCACGAACAUCAAGCACCGGCACGAACAUCAAGCACAGCAGGAGUGCUCCAUGUAUCAGGCCCACAAGAGCCUCGAGGGCGCGAAUCAGAUCAAAGAGUUCUUUACAGCGCAGUGCAAAUGA